AUGCUGCGUGGGAGCAGCGGGUGUGCCUGGCGCGGGUCGGUGAAGGUGUUUGUGUGCCGUGGGGGGACAGGCGUGUCCCCAGGCCUCCGUGUCUUGUUUGGACACGUGGCACAGAGCGACGGACGCUGCAGUGGGGUGGCGAGCACUGGUGGGCACCGGCUGUUCCACGGCAGCGGGGAUCUGGUGCUGCCCUUCCUGCUCCUGCCUGGCCGUUCUGGGGCAGCAGGGACCCGAGUGCUGCCCUUGCCUGCUCCUGCCUGGCCCCACGUGGUGCCUGGCAGAGCGUGGACUUGCCCGGGGUCUCCGGCGGACGCGCAGCUCAAGCUCUCCCUUCCCCUCUUCUCUCUGCCUCCCCAGGACCCCGGUUUUGCCAGCCAAGCACUUAUCAACAAGAAGUUAAACGACUACCGGAAAGUGAGCCCCGCGGGCACCAAGCCCGACUCCUCCUCACCCAAGGGCCCUCGUGGGCUGGGGAUCCGAGCAGAGUUCCUGAAGCAGACGGGAACCAGCGCGCCCCGGUCCCCCCGGCAGGAUGCGGCCGUCACAAAAGAUGAGAGCAGCUCCCAGAAAGCCCCGUGGGGCAUCAACAUCAUGAAGAAGAACAAGAAGUCUGCCCCGCGCGCCUUCGGCGUGAGGCUGGAGGAGUGCCAGCCUGCCCCGGACAACAAGAACGUGCCCCUGAUCGUGGAGGCCUGCUGCAAGGUGGUGGAGGACCGGGGGCUGGAGUACAUGGGGAUCUACCGCGUGCCCGGGAACAACGCGGUGGUGUCCAGCCUGCAGGAGCAGCUCAACAAGGGAGCCACCGAGAUCAACCUGCAGGACGAGGUGAGGGCAGG